GGGAGGGAAACCGAGAGCCAGGUGCGACCCAGCAGGGGGAGUGGGUGAGCUGGUCCCAGGGCAGCCCGCAUGUGUCCUCGAGCGUGGGUGUGGGGUAAUUUGGGUGGGAACAAAGUGGAGGCUACCGCGACCGAGUCCCGCGCCUCGCUGGCGGGGUGUGUGCAGAAAGAGCGAGGAUAAAUAGGAGGCUCCCUCCUCCCAGCCCCACUCCCGGAGCCGGCCGGCCGCCAGCCCCGGGUGUUUGCCCGCCCUGUGGCCGGGGUGCCAGCCUGGGGAGUAGUUUCGUUUCCUGCUGGCCCGAGAGUAGUUUGCAGGCCCGCCCUCGGGCGCCCGCGGCCCGGGAAGGGGCGCAGGAGGAGGCGGGGGACUCGGCCAGGGGCUGCCCGGCCCCGCAGCGUGGGGUUGAUGGACCGGGCCGCCCCGGCCGGCGGCGCCAGCUCCCUGCCACUGCUCCUGGCCCUCGCCCUGGGUCUAGUGAUCCUCCACUGUGUUGUGGCAGAUGGGAAUGCAACCAGAAGUCCUGAAAGGGAUGGCCUUCUCUGUGGAGAUCCUGGGGAAAACUGCGCAGCUACCACCAUGCAAUCGAAGCGGAAAGGCCACUUCUCUCGGUGCCCCAAGCAAUACAAGCACUACUGCAUCAAAGGGAGAUGUCGCUUCGUGGUGGCCGAGCAGACGCCCUCCUGCGUCUGUGAUGAAGGCUACACUGGGGCAAGAUGUGAGCGAGUUGACUUGUUUUACCUCAGAGGAGAUAGAGGGCAGAUUUUGGUGAUUUGUCUGAUAGUAGUUAUGGUGAUUUUUAUCAUCUUGGUGGUCGGUGUCUGCACAUGCUGUCACCCUCUUCGGAGGCGUCGCAAAAGAAGAAAGAAGGAAGAAGAAAUGGAAACUCUUGGUAAAGAUAUAACUCCAAUAAAUGAAGAUAUUCAAGAAACUAGUAUUGCUUAAUGGCCAUGAGGUUCACUCCAGGCUGGUGCAAGCUGCAAAAUGCCUUGCUCAUUCGAAAAUGGACAGAAUGUGUCUCAGGAAAACAGUCAGGAGAAAUGAAUUUUAAAUAAUGUAUUUACUUUUUGUUUGUAAUGUUAGUCUGUGUUUUUUACUAUUUUUGUAAUAAUAGGUAAUUUCAGUAUUGUUUCGGAAUUGGGAAAAAGCGCUCACUUAAGACAUUUUAAUAAACUUCCACUUCAAGUUUUGUUACCAGGAUUACUAGUCGAAUAAAAAAUAGAAGUGAAAAGGAGUUUAGAUUUUAGGAAUUGGAUUAAUCAUAAAGCUGCCAUUUAUCCAGCACUUACCAUGGGCCAAGAGUUUCAAGUAUAUCAUUUCUUCUAAGCCUUUCAAGAACCUAUGAGACAUCUAUCAUGAUCCUCAUUUCCCACAUGUGGAAACAGACACAAAAAAGUUAAAUAAUAUAACCCUGAUUUAUACAGUUUGGAAUUGGUGGAGCUAGAAUUGGAGCCGAGAUUUACCCAAUUUCAGUUUGUGUUCUUAACUGUCAUUUUUGUUGAUCUGAGUGGGUGCAGCUUAACUCACUAAUAUAGCUCAGGACUUUAUACUAAACUGUGUUUCGCCAAGACUCUGAGAUGCCGGGGCUAUUUUUCUGCAGACACUCAGAAGGCAGAGUCCUGGAUUUAUAUUACUGUUACCAUCGUGUUUUCUAUAGCAUUGACCUCUAUUAUGUUUCUUUGCUCUUUUGUAAAUUCUCAUUGACAUGAAUAAAUUCCUACAUUAGUAAAGCAAACAGGUUUUCCCCAUAGCUAGGGUAAUGAAUAACGAUGGAAAAUAAAAAAUAAACAGGUAAGUGUUUGCACUCACUAAGGGAUAAAUGAUAGCACUGGGAGAGGUUGUUUAUUCCAGAGCAGUGGUCAGUGAUAGCACAGCAGAGCCCAGCAGACACGGCUCAUGACCAUAUCCUCAUUUUUCUUCUUCCUGAUGGCUCUCAGGUGGAUGUUGUUACAAUGAAAUCACGACCAUAAGAAUCUACUACUUGGGACCAUCUCGCCAGAUGUUCCUUCAACUCCAUAGCAUAUUUAAUAAAGACUCUUUUAAAAUUGAAAAAGCUAGGGGCACCUAAGUGGCUCAGACAAUGAGCUUUUGAGUCUUGAUUUCAGCUCAGGUCAUGAUCCCAAGGUUGUGGGAUCAAGCCCCAUGUCAGGCUCCACACUGAGCAUGGAGCCUGCUUGAGAUUCUCUCUCUCUCUCUCUCUCUCUCUCUCUCUCUCUCUCUCUCCCUCAGCCCUUCUCCCCAGCUUGCACUCUUUCUCUCUCUUUCUAUAUAUAUAAAAGCAAUUAAAAAGAAAAAAAACACUGAAAAAGCUAAAUCUCCAUUUAGCCAAUAUUCCAUAGAAACUGAAACUUUCUACAUUGAUCGGGUGGGUAAUUUACGAAAACCAAUAGAAGAUGUCCCCAAAUUGCUGUACUUUGGCUGUUGUGAUGUUAGCCAAGCAGCUUCUUUUUUUCCAGAAUCUUUUCAAAUUUUUCUUUGCAGUGUAGACUUCAUACACAAAGUGAAGUGGAGAAUUCAGACAAAAGGUGAAGUUGUGUAUCACCUUCUAUCACACAUUGUGUUUUGAGAAUGAGGCUGCCUUCACAGAAAUAGCUCAAAUGUAUUAAGAACUAAGCCAAACAACUAAUCAUCUUCUAAGUCAAUUUUUCUUCUGACUUAAUAGCCAUCCUUGAAACAAGAUUAUAUCCAACUGAUUCAUGUUGCAUAUGCUUUAUUCUCAAAAGUCUUUUGGGCUCAUUUAUGCCCUUGCUUUUUCUCGGUGUUCUUUGAUGCCAAAGUGCUUGAAACAAAUGCUUGUUAAUAGUAUUUAAAAACAAAAACACAGUGCUAUAAAGGUUCCUACCCUGAAUUGUUGCUGGUUGACCAAUGGACUCUCUUAAGCCAACCCAGGCUUAGGAAUUUUGUUUUGAUUCUAAAAUGUAAAUGGUGUCUCUUGAAAUUUAGUAGGUCCCAUAUCAAGAAAGAACUUCAAAGAUUUUCGUAUCUUUUUAAAAUGUAAUUUUAUAAUUGUUUUGCAUGUUCUAAAUGGUGUUGUUUAUGUAAACUGUCAACAUUAUCACAUAAUAAAAUAAGUUUAUUUUUAAAACAAAGCAAUCUUAUUUCUUUGGAAAUUUUUUAGUGGUACCAUGAAUUACGAAAAAUAAA